UGGCCGAGUGUCACUCCCCCCCCCACUGCUGACACCCUGGAGCUGCUUUUAACACUGUGCACCAGCCACCUUGCACAAAACAAACAUUUAUUUUAAUAUGCAUGACGCAAAAUGCCCACCUCUGCUUUUAUUUGUUACCACGCUGCUGGUGGUGAGCUGCCAUCGCGCUGAACCUUCUGCUGAUGAAGGUGUGAAACUGGGUGAAAAUGCCGGUGUUGGCGACUUGGAAACAUUUGAGUUCCGCAUCAACUCCACCAACAUGACUAAUCUGGGCUACGGAAUUGCUGCCAAUGUGGUUGCGUCACUGUUGUACGGAAGCAACUUGGUUCCAAUAAAAAGAAUAGAGACAGGCGAUGGUAUGUUCUUUCAGUGGGUGUACUGCGCAUCAAUAUGGGUCAUAUCUAUGGUUGCAGACUUGAUACUUCAGUCGCCCAAAUUUUACCCUUUUGUGAUGGUUGGAGGUGCCAUCUGGGCCACAGGGAACAUAGCGGCUGUUCCAGUUGUCAAAGCAAUUGGCCUCGGCCUUGGCAGCGUGCUUUGGGGCUCUUCAAGUUUGCUGAUCGGAUGGGCCAGUUCCAGGUUUGGCUGGUUUGGAAGUCCUGACGAUGUUCCCAGGCCGAUGUUAAAUUAUUGUGGAGCUGGCUUGUGUCUGUUCAGUGGUCUGCUGUUCUUCUUUGUGAAGGCGGACGUGGCGCUGCAUCCCAACUCUGAAUCGAUUCCAUUGCUUCUUGACAGAAGAUCAAAUUCCUGCAGCUAUGGUCAAAGUUCCUCAGAGUUCUGGAUGGACGUCGUCGGACUGAGAACCAGACGCUUCAUCGGCUGCCUGCUGGCUGUGAUGGCGGGCCUGAUGUUCGGGUCCUCCUUUGCGCCCAUCCUUUACAUUAAGAGCCAUUCCUCGUGCGGGGACAGCAUGUUCCAUGGAGCCAGCGACUAUGACCUCGACUAUAUUCAUGCGCAGUGCUCUGGCAUUUUUGUUGCGAGCACGGUGUACUUUGCCAUCUAUUGUGCUGUCAUGAAUAACAGGCCCAGGGUCUACUCCCGAGUCAUCCUACCAGGUCUAUUAUCUGGACUGAUGUGGUCAUUAGCCACAUACUGUUGGUUCCUGGCCAGUAACCACAUGAGUGCGGUCAUUACCUUUCCUGUUGUCCGAGCAGGAUACGGUCUGGUUUCAGCUCUGUGGGGCACCUUGGUGUUCAAAGAGAUUAAGGGGCUGCUCAACGGUUUAAUCUUCACCGUGGCCUUCUGUGCGGUGCUGGCCGGCUCCCUGCUGACUGUCCUGUCAAAGUUCUAAUAAAGCCGAAGACUCGUGAAACCAA